UGUAAGUGUCUUUAUAGUUCCUCAACAAUCACAGACAACAUGAUAUGUGCUGGACGAAUAGAAGGGGGCAAAGACUCCUGUCAGGGUGACUCUGGUGGUCCUAUGGUCAGCAAACAGGGUUCGCUCUGGAUCCAGUCUGGAGUUGUGAGCUUUGGCGAGGGUUGUGCUAAACCCAACUUUCCUGGUGUGUAUGCCAGAGUUUCUAAGUACCAGAACUGGAUCAAUGAGCAUAUCACCACCAACCAGCCAGGCUUCAUUACGUUCACCUCCAAUGGUACUGAUGGUGACCUGAGCAUCAGCUGUACUGAUGUGCCUGCCAUUACCACAACUACUGCCCCUACAACUACAACUGUCCCAAUGUGUGGCAAAGCACGUUUCAACUCAAGGAUAGUGGGGGGAGUGGAUGCACUGGCUGGGGCUUGGCCAUGGCAGGUCAGCCUUCAUAGGAACGGGAGACAUUUUUGUGGUGGAUCACUCAUCAACAAUCAAUGGGUUCUGACAGCAGCUCACUGCUUUAACAGUGUUUCAACCUCUGGCCUAAUUGUGUACCUGGGCCGACAGACACAGGAAGGAACAAAUGCAAAUGAGGUGUCCAGAGGUGUCUCUAGUAUCAUAAAACACCCAAACUAUGUUAGCAGCACUAACGAUAAUGACAUCACUCUUCUGCGACUGGCUUCGCCGGUGAGUUUUACUGACUUUAUCAGUCCGGUCUGUCUGGCUUCCUCAAACAGUAUGUUCUUCAAGCAAACCUCCAGCUGGGUCACAGGAUGGGGGACGAUAAAUUCAGGCAUUUCUUUGCCUUCACCGCAAACUCUACAGGAAGUGGAUGUGCCUAUUGUUGGAAACAGGCAGUGUAAGUGUCUUUAUAGUGCCUCAACAAUCACAGACAACAUGAUAUGUGCUGGACGAAUAGAAGGGGGCAAAGACUCCUGUCAGGGUGACUCUGGUGGUCCUAUGGUCAGCAAACAGGGUUCGCUCUGGAUCCAGUCUGGAGUUGUGAGCUUUGGCGAGGGUUGUGCUGAACCCAACUUUCCUGGUGUGUAUGCCAGAGUUUCUAACUACCAGAACUGGAUCAAUGAGCAUAUCACCACCAACCAGCCAGGCUUCAUUACAUUCACCUCCAAUGGUACUGAUGGUGACCUGAGCAUCAGCUGUACUGAUGUGCCUGCCAUUACCACAACUACUGCCCCUACAACUACUGUCCCAACUGUAGUGUGUGGACGUGCCAAUCUGAACACCCGUGUAGAAGGGAACAGCUCCCUUGUGUCUCCAGGCUUAUGGCCAUGGAUGGCCAGUCUGCAGUUUAACGGCAGUCACGUUUGUGGAGGAACGCUAAUUGCUGAACGGUUUGUCUUGAGCUCUGCCAGUUGUUUUACCAGCUCCAACAAUGCUUCCGAUUGGUCCGUGAUCCUGGGCCGUCUAAAUCAGAACGGCUCCAACCCCAAUGAGGUCUCUAUAAAAGUGGCGAAUCUCACCAUCAGCAAUGUCACAGGCGACAACGUUGCAGUCUUGCAGCUGGCCGUCGCACCAAACCUAACGGAUUUCAUUCAGCCUAUAUGUUUGGACGUGGAAGAGAAUACCUUCAGCGCUGAUACUCAAUGCUGGGUGGCAGGAUGGAGCUCAGGAGCAGGAGGAGUGAAUCAAACUCUUCAGGAAUCCAAGACCUCUAUUGUGGAUUGUGAAAACUCACAAAGCGACAGUAUUUGCACAAGUUCUUUGAACUUACAGCAGGGUGAUGAAGGGGGUCCGCUGAUGUGUAAGCAGGGUCUAUCAUGGAUCCAUGCUGCCGUUUUGACAAGUAGCAGAUCCCGCUCUUCUCUCCGUCAAGAUGUCCAGGUUUUAAGUAAAACCUCCAGCUUUGCAUCAUUCCUGAGAACUGUGGUCGGCCCUUUCCCUCCAAAAGUCACAAGUGCAACUACAACCAGCACCAACAAUCCCGAAGCUGCCCCUGAUGGGUCACAAGCAUUUUCUUCCAUCUCGUUUACCGUCCUGUUCUUCUCACUUACAGUUUUCCAAAUCUUUCUUCGAGGCAUCAAUUAAGUCUUUUGAGUAUAAAGGGCUACUUUCAUGACAUUUAUCAAGUGCUUUUCUCGGCUGUCAAAGCACUUUACAUAUAAGGGGAAUCUCCUCAACCACCACCAAUGUGCAGCAUC